CUUUCUCUUCCACUUUUCAAAAAUGAGAACUGUAAAAUUUAAAGGAAUGGGCAUCCGGCAUCUCGAUGAUGGACGAUUUGUAAUUGUUCCGCCGACAUUUCUGUGGUGGCCAGCAAAGCACGUCAUUCUGUCCAUAAUCCUUGCCAAUGCCAUCAUAACUACGUUCUUCCUUCUCCAAGCAUCCAAUAUUCUUGCCUCGAUCCUUCUUUGCUCGAUUCUGCUAUCAAUCGUCUUUGCAAUGGGAUACAUUCGCGAGUCUUUUGCCCUGAUCUACAUACAUUUCAUCUACUGUCUCCUCUACAUCGUAUUUUCUUUUUUAUUCAUUCCGACUUUCUACUACGAUCAGAAAAUUUGCACCAAUGCAGCCAUUUGCAAAACAGUUCAAGAAUGGUUGGAGGAACUUGUAACGACCGUCGCCUCUCGUUGGAUUUAUGCAUUCACUGGAACUACUCUAAUAACUCAUAUCAUGAUGACGCCAGUUUCUUUGCGAAUGAUGAAGUACUCAGCAUCAUGUGAAGCUCUUGAAAAAAUGAUGACAGACGAGGAAUAUGUGAAGAAAAUGAAACGGCUCGCGAUAAUUCAUCCCGAACGUUACCAUCCUGCUUCUGUUUGAAAUCUCUUUUGUACUAUGCCUGUAUUGUUUCUGCCGGUUAAAUAGGUAUAUUCAAAGAAUCUGUAUAAUUAUUUUUGGUGCUUCCAUUCCAUCCUGUUUCUUUUCUGUUUUGUAUUGGUUUUUAAAUAAUAAAAUAUAAAAAAUUUUUGCAA